AUCAUAGCUCUCAUUUUUGAGUUCCUGCUUAUUAGAUGGCACAUAGCAGGAUUUUAGUGCGCUCUCUUCCUCUUCUGGUCGUCCUUCUGGGCUUUCUCCUUGCUCACGCCGAGGGCGUCGAUACGGCGAAAACAACCUCCCAUCCACCCCUCCCCAUCGCUGUGGUAGGUAUCAUCUACUGCAUGUCAUGCAAGCUCCCCGGCUACGAUAAGUAUAUUGAUGCCUCUCCUCUUCCUGGUGCUGUUGCCAGGUUACAAUGCAGUAGUAGUGCACCUGGUGUGACAGUGAAGGGGACAACAGAUAGACAUGGCUAUUUCUUGAUCCAAACAAACAAGGUGACCAACUAUGGAGCACACAAGUGCCGGGUAUUCCUCGAAUCGUCGCCGUUUCCGUACUGCAAUCUGCCGGUUUAUCCUGCAGGAAAGAGGUCUGGGGCUCCCCUAAAGUUCGAGAGGAACAGAAAGGUGGGUUCUGGCCAACAAGCACUCUACACUGCGGGGGGUUUUGCAUUUGCUCCUGCCAAAGGAAGAAGCUCUUGUCCCCGGAGUCCUUGAGAGAUCUGUCAUUGGACCUUGACAUAGGAUGCUAUAUAUGCAGAUGGAAAUCAGUAGAAACAAGAGUCUCUUGGAUGAAUAUAAGAGCUCGAUAUGUAGUCGAACCAGUCAAUGUUUUCCAUAAUGAUUCGUCAUCAAUAAUACCGAACGAUUGUAUGCUUUUAUGGCUUAAUUAAAUUUCUGUUUUGUUCUUCAUCAUCCUGUUUACUUUGGUAACAACGUUCUUUGUGCCGUUGAUAUUUGAGGGGAGCAACAUGGAA